AUGCCUUCAUCACCCGCCUUUUAUCGAAAUUUGUGGCGUUUAACGGAACGGAAAAAGAACCGGAAGAACGAAAGCUUGACGAAUAGUCAAUCGAAUAGUGAUGAAGCUGUUAGCGAUUAUAGCAAUAUGCCACAGCAGCAACAGCAACUACAGCGAUCAGCAGAAGUGUCAUAUGAAGCUCAGGAUGUGUCACCACCACCCAAAGGGUGA